CGCCGCUGCCGCCGCUCACCUGGCGCCGGCGCCGGCUCAGUCCAGCCUCCGUCCAGCUCCACGCAACAUCUCGCUGCGCCGCCAUGUCGCCCCAGUGGCUCGCCCUGUGUAUGAUGCUGGUCGUCGGCCAGGCCUCGGCGUUCGACGACGGUGACUUCGGACUGAAGAUCGAGUACGAUCAGGAGGCGCUGAACCAGUCCGAUGCCAUGCUGAAGGAUCGCAGCAUCGCCACCGACCACGUCCUGCGUGACCUGCAUCCGAACGGGCUGGACAGCGACCUGGAGCGGCAGCUGGAGGAGGCCAACAUCGCUGACGCCUGCCCGGCCGGCCCCAAGGGCCUGCUCUGCCGGCGUCGCUUCGCUCUGCGUGGCGCCGACGAGUGUGCCGGAGACGGCUGA